ACGACUUUACGGGACGGAUGGGUUAGGGUCGGUUAGGGUUAGGGUUAGGAUGUAAAGGGUCACCUGAGUGUGUUUGAUGAAGAGGAGAAGUGAAGAUCAGCUGAGAUGGCAGAAUAUAAACAUCCUGGUUAAUUGACGGGACUUGCUCAUUGGUUCACUCUGAUUGCGCCAGGUGCAUUUGUCCCUGUUGAUUGGCUACACAGCGGCAACUUCAGGGUACAUUUUACCCUCCAGGACCAGCACACACUGUAGUGCUUCAGCUUCUCUUCCUCAUCGUAAACCGGCACCAGCAGGAUGGCUUGUGAAAUCCGCAGUAACACAAAGCUGGAGCAGGCCGAAAAUACUGAGGACCGCGUUGUAAAGAGAAGUAGUGUGUUUCGCUCCAUGCUGCGUGGACUCUUCUGGCCCUUCAGCAUCAUGGUGCGCACAUACCGCGGGUUUUGGUGGCUGUUGGGCUACCCGGUGUCUACCAGCAUUGGGAGAUCCCUCUCACCAGAAAGGAGUAGAAGACAAAGUAUGGAUCAUCCCCCAACAGUGAGGAUGGUUCUUGUUGGGAAAACUGGAUCAGGAAAGAGCUCCAGUGGAAACACCGUACUGGGAAGAGACGCCUUUGGUGCAGGUGUCAGUUACUUCUCAGUCACCAGACAGUGCUGUAAGCAGACAGACGAGGUGUUGGACAGGCAGCUGACCAUCGUUGACACUCCUGGACUCUUUGACACUUCGAGGCCCGAUGAAACCGUGGAGAGAGAGAUCUCCAAAUGCAUCAACAUGUCGGCCCCGGGGCCCCACGCCAUCCUGCUGGUCAUCAAACUGGGGUUUUUCACAAAGGAGGAAAGAGACGCCGUCUGCAAGGUGGAGGAAAUGUUUGGAGAAGAAGCCUGGAAGUACACCAUCAUCCUCUUCACACACGGAGACAAAGUCACGCCAGACUUUAAGAUGGAGGACGAGGCUGGACCCGAGCUGCAGACGAUCCUGAAGAAGGUGGAGAACAGGUACCACAUCUUCAACAAUCUCAAGAUCAACGAUCGUGGACAGGUCCUGGGUCUGUUACAGAAGGUAGACAAGAUGGUUGAGGCCAACGGAGGACAGUUUUACUCCAACUACACCUACAAGGAGGUGGUGGAGAUGCUGAGUCAGAGAGAGGCCGAACUCAGAGAGUUCUACCAGAAGAAACUGGAGGAAGAGAUCAAAUCUGUCGAGUUAAAGUACGAGAAGAAGCUGAGUGAAGCUCAACAGGAGCGACAAAACGUGGUGAAACAACUGCAGGAAGAAAAGGAGAAAGAGCUGCAGGAAGUGAGGCGUUAUUAUCGUGCUUUAGAGAGCGGCGUCCGUCAUGUCGUAGAGCAGAUGGUGCAUAAAGACUCUCUCGAUGAGGUUCUUUCCCACUUUCCUGAGAAGCUGAAGCUGAAUUUCCAAUCUUAAAAGCUCCUGAUCCGUUUAUUGUGUCCAUCGUUCCAAACUCUUUAACUAUUGUUUGUCUAAACUUUGUUCUGACCCACAGAGCUUUAAAGCCUUUAACAGAACAGAUCUCUUAUGAGAAUGAGAUCCUGGGUCUCAAUCAGAUUACCUGUAUAAAUUAAUAGGUUAAAUAAAAAAAGUUAGUAAU